ACUCUUCUGAUCCUGAGACUGAUGACAGUGCUGAUUGGAAGGAGACCAGAGAACCUCAGUCAGCUUUAAACUCUCUGAAACCUGAUUCAAGAUGUAAGAAAACAUUCAGCUGCUCUCAGUGUGGGAACCGAUUUAGCACCAAGCCACACCUGAAGAGACACAUGAGAAUCCACACAGGAGAAAAACCUUUCAGCUGCUCUGAGUGUGGUAAAGCUUUCUCUGAUAGUGGAACCCUGAAGAAACACAUGAUGACUCACACAGGGGAAAAACCUUUCAGCUGUUUAGUUUGUAAGAAAACGUUUUUAAUGUCUAGAAAUUUACGGUUACACAUGAUAAUCCACACAGGAGAAAAACCUUUCAGCUGCUCAGUCUGUGAGAAAUCUUUUACACAGAGUGGAAGUUUACGGAUACACAUGAGAACUCAUACAGGAGAGAAGCCUUUUAGCUGCUCUGAGUGUGGUAAAUCUUUCACUCAUAGUGGAACCCUGAAGAACCAUAUGAGAACUCACACAGGAGAAAAACCAUUCAGCUGCUCAGUCUGUAAGAAAUCUUUUACACAGAGUGGAGAUUUACGGUCACACAUAAAAUCUCACACAGGAGAGAAGCCUUUUAGCUGCACAGUUUGUAAGAAAUCUUUUACACGGAGAGGAGGUUUACGGUCACACAUGGCCAUAGUCCACACAGGAGAGAAACCUUUUAGCUGCACAGUUUGUAAGAAAUCUUUUACACAGAGAGGACAUUUACGGUCACACAUGGUAGUCCACACAGGAGAGAAAAGAUUCAGCUGCAGUGUUUGUAACAAAAGAUUUGCCUGGCGUUCUCAUGUCAAAACACAUAAAUGUGUUGGUCAGAUGGAAACAGAAGCUGAUGGAGAGGACUGUGGAGGACCAGAACCAGCCAAAUUGGCCUUCUGGAAAUUUUGA